ACAAAUCACAACCAAAAAUAACCACCAAGGGCCUGUACACUAACCACGAUCGUGACGCGUGGACGACGAGUGGUAUCCAUACAACCCACAUGGUCUAAUAAAAAAACAUGUGUUUAAUACAACAAGUGGGACACACAUUUAAGAGGGGUCAUUGCACCCCACAACCAAUACACUUGUCAUCCCUACCCUAUCUUGAGCAUGAAAUAACCACCGCAACAAUCACUUCGAAAUGCAUGGCCUACGUGGCCCAUGCACAUGCAUGCGUUCCCAAAACCUCAAAAACAACCACAUAAUUCUGUCGAGGGGUUUUUACGUAUACAUUAUAUAGAGAGGAGAAGCAAGCAGGGACACCAAAUACCCAUAAAGCUUGACAGCCUGUAAAUAUUCAGACUGAAAAAUGGGUUCGGAUGAGGAGCAAUUCGCAUACGCAAUGCAACUGGUUACCUCCAUGUCCCUCACCAUGGUGCUGGUGAAUGCAAUGAAGCUCAAGAUCUUCGAGACUAUAGCAGAGGCAGGACCUGAUGCACGGCUCUCGGCUCAUGAGAUCGUAUCCCGUUUGUCCAUGACAAAUCCGAGUGCUCACCAGAUGCUCGAUCGAAUGCUUCGGUUGCUCGCUACUCAUUCUGUUGUAACCUGCAAUCAACAAGAACGUGAGUUUGGUCUGGUUCGAGUGUAUGGACUCACCCCCGUUGCCAAAUACUUUGUUCCUAACAAAGAUGGGGUGUCCUUAUGUGCUUUGAUGGAGUUGCUUCAAGAUAAAGCUUUCGUUGAUAGCUGGUUUAAACUCAAAGAUUCAUUGUUAGAAGGAGGUGUUCCAUUUGAUAUGGUUCAUGGAACACAUGCAUUUGAAUAUCCAGCAUUAGAUGCAAAGUUCAAUGAGGUCUUCAACAAUGCCAUGACGAAUCAUACUACUAUGGUGAUGAACAAAAUUCUAGAGUGCUACCAUGGUUUCGAAAACCUCAAGCAAGUGGUUGAUGUAGGAGGUGGUUUAGGAGUCAAUCUCAACAUCAUCAUAUCAAAAUAUCCCGGUAUAAAAGGAAUUAAUUUUGAUUUGCCACAUGUGAUCCAACAUGCACCGGGCUAUCAUGGUAUAGAACAUAUUGGAGGAGAUAUGUUUGAAGAGGUUCCCCCAAGUGAUGCCAUCUUUAUGAAGUGGAUAUUGCAUGAUUGGAGCGAUGAUCAUUGUCAAAAGUUGCUAAAGAAUUGCUACAAGGCAUUGUCAAAUGAGGGGAAGGUUAUUGUAGUUGAGAGCAUUCUUCCUUUUUUGUCCAACACAAGCUCUUCCGAUAAAGUCACCACUCAAAUAGAUGCAAUCAUGAUGACACAAAAUCCAGGAGGAAAGGAACGCACGGAGCAUGAGUUUCUUGUGUUGGCUAAAAGUGCAGGAUUCACUGGAAUAAAAAUGGAAUGCUUCGUUUGCAACCUUUGGGUCAUGGAAUUUUACAAGUAGAGUUUUCUCUAAUUAUAUGUGUACUUUAUAUUUAAUCAUUGAUGAUAUCUUGAAUUAUAAGUAAUUACCUUAACUCCUAGAUUAAAAGAGGUUUAUUAAUGUGAUAUUUACGCACAUGAGAAAAAUGGAUAUGUUUAUCGAAUAAAUAGGAUUUAAACUAAGCUUAUAUGACAAAUUUCUCAAGGUUUUCAAUAAUGUUGGAGAGUUUGAGAUCCAUUAUUGUAAUUUGUCGAGAAAAUGGAUAAAGUUUUCGGUGUAUAACAAGAAUUACUAAAGCGCCGGUUUGAGCUUACAUGCACACCUAGUUUCUUGUUAGUUUUUAUUUUAAUUUGAUUUUGUUCAAAGACAAAAGGCAAAGAGGAAAAAACUUGUCUUCCUCUUUUUCACUACAUGAAAGGAAAAGUUAUCAGAUAGUUGAAGUAGCUUAGAUGUAUUUUCCAUAAAUAGUUAAGAUAUAAUUAGAAGAGAG